AUGGCCGGAGGUAACGACGGCGGUGGUGGUGGAGCAAAAGCUGAUGAACUUGUGCUGGCGCCACACCCAGCAAGAGAUCAGCUGCCAAACGUCUCCUUCUGCAUUACGAGUCCACCCCCAUGGCAUGAGGCUAUACUGCUUGGUUUUCAGCAUUAUAUAGUAAUGCUCGGCACAACGGUUAUUAUUCCAACGGCUCUUGUUCCACAAAUGGGAGGAGGCAAUGAGGAGAAAGCACAAGUGAUUCAAACUCUGCUUUUUGUUGCCGGAAUAAACACACUGCUUCAGACUAUGUUCGGGACUCGUUUACCUGUCGUCAUCGGGAGUUCAUAUACUUAUGUUGCACCCACCAUCUCGAUUAUCCUAUCUGGUCGGUGGAAUGAUCCUGAUCCUAUAGCGAGAUUCAAGAAAACUAUGCGUGCGAUCCAAGGUGCUUUGAUUAUUGCUUCAACGAUUCAGAUUAUCCUCGGGUUCAGUGGUCUUUGGCGUAAUGUAGCAAGGUUAUUGAGCCCACUGUCGGCUGUUCCUUUGGUCGCUCUUGCAGGUUUUGGGCUUUACGAAUUUGGAUUCCCGGGGGUUGCCACGUGUGUUGAAAUAGGGCUGCCUCAGCUCAUCUUGCUAGUUAUCCUGUCGCAGUAUGUAUCACGUUUGAUACAUGCGGGAAGGAAUAUAUUCGGUCGUUUUGGUGUUUUGAUCUCAGUUGCAAUUGUUUGGAUUUAUGCUCACAUACUUACGGUUAGUGGCGCCUACAAUCACACAACAUUAAGGACGCAAGCAAGUUGUCGUACGGAUCUUGCGGGACUAAUUCACGCCGCCCCAUGGAUAAGAGCUCCAUAUCCAUUCCAAUGGGGUGCACCCUCCUUCAAUGCCGGUGAAGCUUUUGCCAUGAUGAUGGCUGCUUUUGUUGCGCUUGUAGAGUCAACCGGCGGCUUCAUGGUGGUUUCGAGAUAUGCAAGUGCAACUCCUUUGCCACCCUCUGUUCUAAGCCGUGGGGUUGGUUGGCAGGGAAUUGGCAUAUUGUUGUCGGGCUUGUUUGGAACCAUAAGUGGAUCUUCGGUAUCUUUUGAGAAUGCUGGUCUUUUGGCUUUGACCCGUGUUGGCAGUCGCAGAGUCGUGCAGAUUUCAGCCGGCUUCAUGAUCUUCUUUUCAGUUCUUGGUAAAUUUGGAGCAGUCUUUGCUUCGAUACCAACACCUAUCGUUGCUGCUCUAUAUUGCAUUUUCUUCGCUUACGUGGGUGCUGCGGGCCUUAGUUUCCUUCAGUUUUGCAAUCUCAACACCUUCAGAACAAAGUUCAUCCUCGGGUUUUCAAUCUUUUUGGGGUUGUCCGUGCCCCAGUACUUCAAUGAGUAUGAAGCUAUCAACGGUUACGGUUCCGUCCACACAUCUGCAAGAUGGUUUAACAACAUUGUGAAUGUUCCUUUCUCGUCUGAGGCGUUUGUAGCUGCGAUCUUGGCGUAUUUUCUGGAUAAUACGCUUCACUAUAAAGACAGUUCUAUUAGGAGAGACCGAGGCAAACAUUGGUGGGACAAAUUCUAUUCCUACCAGACCGACACUAGAAGUGAAGAGUUCUACUCAUUGCCAUUCAAGCUAAACAGAUACUUUCCUUCUGUGUGA